UAGGCGUAUGUGGACGAUGUGGACAGUGGAGGCGUUCCUAAUGGCCGGUAACGAUAGCGAUUAUUCGUUAUGUGAAGUGAAGUCCUAUAAUGCUUAAGAUGUGAUUUUAAGAAGUGCAUGUUAAAUUUGAGGAACGUAAGUUUAUUGUUCUCAGCAGUUGUAAGCAAAGUGCAGAAUUUACAAGUUCGUAAAAUUCAAAAGUCUUCUUCAAUGAGUAUGCCGAAAAGGUAUUUUGUUAACACUUUGCCAGAUUAUGAAGUACAUAGUAAUCGAUUUACUGAGCGAAAUUGGAAAUCGAAGAUCCAUGACACCGUAAAUGUUAUCACAGACAGACAGAAACCAUCUGUUAAAGCUGCGGACGGUGGGUUAUAUGUUGGUAUUGCAGGAAUAGGUUACAUGUUUUAUCAGAUGAGCCUGUCACCAACGUUUGUUGAAGAAAAAUCUAACCUUUUAAGAAAAGGUUUAGAGUAUAUUGAACCAGCACUGGCAUAUGCACAACGUCAUAAUACCGACAAAUCUAAAAAAUCUGCCUUUUUACUUGGAAAUGCAGGCAUUUAUGCAGUUGCAACAGCUCUGUACCAUGCUGUAGGUGAUAAAGGCAAUGCUGAUCAUUAUUUCAAAGCCUAUAUUGAUUCAGCUGCAAAUUGUAAACCUCUCAACUUUCUUCAUUGUGGUGGUGAUGAGUUAUUUGUUGGUCGAGCAGGAUAUCUGUGUGGUGUCUUGUGGCUGGAAAAAGUUUUUGGAAAAGGAAUGUUCCCAGCAAAGGAUGUUAAUGAAAUCUGCAGCUGUAUUGUGCAAUCAGGACGAAACAAGGCUCAACGCUACAGAAGUCCAUGCCCUUUGAUGUUUUCUUAUUAUGAUGUGGAGUAUCUUGGUGCAGCCCAUGGUCUGUGUGCUAUCCUGCAGAUGCUCCUGUCUUUUCCUGCGUACCUUCACUCUGAUUCAAGAGCUGAACAGGAUGUGAAAGCAAGUGUUGAUUAUCUUUUGGGUCUCCAGAGUCGAUCUGGCAAUUUCCCAUGUGCAACUGAUGAGAUUGGGAACAGAGCACGGCCAGAGACUGAUGAACUGGUACAUUGGUGCCAUGGAGCUCCUGGCGUGGUGUACUUAAUGGCUAAGGCAUAUCUUUACUGGAAAGAAGACAAAUAUUUAAGAUCGUGUAUUAAGUGUGGAGAUCUUGUAUGGAUAAAAGGACUCCUAAAGAAAGGGCCUGGAAUAUGUCACGGAGUCGCAGGGAGUGGGUAUGUGUUUCUUCUGCUGUAUCGCCUAACAGGCGAUGAGAAAUACCUCCAUCGCGCCCAUGCUUUUGCAGACUUUAUUUUUAGUCCUGAGUUCUCACAGGAAGCAAGAAAGCCUGACUCCCCAUACAGUUUGUAUGAAGGUCUGGCAGGUACUGUGUGUUAUCUCGUUGACCUGCUGAAGCCUGAUCAGGCUGCUUUUCCGUUCUUCGAUGUGUUUUAAAUGCUCAUUUCUGCAACCACAUCAGUCUGAAAAUAUUAUUCUGUUUAAUAUUAUCAGCAGUUCAUGAAAAUAAUAUGAUGUUACUAAUAAAUGCACUUCAGAUAUUUAA